GCUAAAAUGUGGCAUUUGCAUUGCAAUCAUUGAUGGAAGGUAGUAACAAUGUAAAGUACGUAGUAAAGCGGUUUUAGUUAAAAUGUGACAUUUGCAUUGCAAUUAUUGGUGGAAGAUAGCAACAAUACUUUCUUAAAAGUAUACACUGUCCAGUUAAAUGUUUGCAUCAUUUUUAUAAAUACAUACCUCGAGCAUUGUGUAGGGACUGUUGAGUAAGACAAUAACCCUACCGGUGUUAUAUGUUUUACGAAAGGGAAAUAUUUCAAACAAGAAUUUUAAUCCUGAUUGGAUCUAUUAAAAAACUGAACUUUAUUUAUUUUACAACGAUUGAUAAACAAGUUCUACAACGUAUAUUAAUAUCCCUCGUUGGCACGGAUGUUAGCGCGAUGGGGUCAUUGGUGUGGGAAGAAGCCGGAGUACCCGGAGAGAACCCACGUGUCCAAGCGGGCGACGGCCAUACCCUAUCACAUACGACCUCUGUCGAUCACGGGGAUCGAACUCAGGUCGCAGCGGUGAAAAGCGAGUGCACUGUCCACGACGCUACCUGGACACCUGAAUUAGAUCUUUUCGGAAAACGUUAAGUCUGAAUUAAAUUCUUGUUUGACAUAGUGAUGUUUUUUCGUAAAUGAGAAAAUCCUACAGAAAGUUCUAAAUUUCUUGCAGGAAUGAUUUUUACUCCCAUAGAAAUUACUGUCCUAUAUGAUUAUAAUUAUCAAAACAAAAAGAGAGAAGAAAAAUAAACAGUUGAGGGGGCUGUUGGGUUGGAUGGUGAGGAACAGGGAUCGGGAAUAAUUUUGAAUCAAAAUUUUUUUCACAAUUUCAAAUGAAAAAGAUACUUUUCUUUUUUAAAUUUGUACUAUCUCUUGUUUAAAAUAUUGAAGCAUUAAAUAAAUUUCUGUGCGGAAGUGUUCAAACAUUUAUUUGAUAUAAAAUUACCGAAACUUCGAUAACAAAUAUAUACAAGGAUGUUUGUGCAUAUCAUUCCAAAAAGAUGGCAUCAUUCCUGAUUGACAUUUACAUUAUUGCUUUACGUAAGGCGUUAAAAUUUAUCACUGAUCAUUUGAAGCUAAAUACUGAUAAGUUAAAUAUCCCUUUAACAAAGCAGUUAAAUAUGCAUUGCAUUUUAGAUUUAAUUGGACAAAGUGUCUUUCAGCUGAUCUUGAUGUAUACAAAAACAGUACGCAUAUCGGGUCGAACAAUGUAAUAGCUGUUUAUCAAUAGGCUGUACAAGGAGAAGUAGCUAUAGGUUGAAGGUUUCCACUAAGUAUUUAUAUAAGUACAGUUUGAAUGGAAAUCAACGAAAAAUAUUUAUUGAUAAUCCUGGCGCUUUGCGUGGUUAUUAAAACAGAAUCGUCAAUGGAGUUGAAAUCCUACACAGCUUGUUACGGAAUCCUUGGGAACCCAAAUUUUCUACUGCCGUCAUGCCCAGCCGGACAGAAGAUAGCCGUUAUGGCGGUGUACACGUUAGCUAAAUACAAGUCGACCGGCUGCCCCAUAAUACAAACUUCACCGGGUGACGACCCCGCCUGCUGUCAGUAUGACGUCACUGAUUGUUCGUACCUGUAUGACUCUGGAUCAUUUCGUGCCUAUUAUCAGACAUGUAAUGGGAAAUCUUUCUGUAAGAUUCAAGUUUCAUGGAUCGACAUACCCUCACACUGCAACAGUUCUGUUUACAUUGAGAGGACGCAUUACAUGAAAAUGGACUACUAUUGUAUCUCAGAUCAGGCCGUAGACCCGUGUACCGACCUGACGACAUCUGAUUCUCCCGCCUUUUUCUGGAACAUUGGGUAUCCGGCAGAAAUGACGACAACAAGUACAUCAUGUACCUGUUCUAUCGAGAUGUCAUGUGAUACAACAGUGGAACUCACCGCCAUAGACCUACAAUUAAAAGACCCUGGAAACUGUAAGCAGUCCCUUGUCGUCACUGAUGGCAGUUUUUCUUCAACUUAUGACUGCUCCAGCAACAACGAUUUUCUACCACGAGUGAUGUACACCAGUACCAGCCAUUUUGUGACCAUAGUUUUUACAAACAAUCUCGGUAUUACUGGAGGGAAGUUUUUUAUUCGAAUCCAAGGAACAAAUCCUACAGGAGAGGUAACUCUUUCUUGCGGGGCCUCCGCACUAACAAUGUCGUCACAGAAUCCCAGUAGUCUGCCGACAUGUCCAAUAGAGGGGGACACAACCACAAAUCUACCGACCGCCGGUAUAUCAAUCGAGGACCCCACAACACUGACCGUCCCGACAACUGACUCAUCGAAUGUGUCGUCAUCAACACAAAAUGAGUUAACAACCAUAUCGUCAGACUCGUCUACAAUGUCUGACGUCAACACAACGUCCUCGUUGUCUACAGACAUGACGACAGUGGUUAACGUUACCGUUGACAAUAUCACCUCUGAUGUUACACAGAAAAUGACAACAUUGAUAUGGAUGAGUACGGAAAAUAUCUCAACCAUUGCCGAUAUGGAAUCUUGCUGUAGUGAUUCAAACGCCUCAGAUGGACUUCCGGUGUAUGUUAUACCAGUGAUUGUCCUGGGAGUUCUUCUUGUUUUAGCUGCUCUGGGUUUUUAUCAUCGAAACAGAAUAAUGACACGUUGUAGAGGAAAGACCAAAGAAGACAUUGAAGAAGUUGAAGACAUUGAAGACAACAACAAUGAAUCAAAUCCAAUAUUUGACAUCAAUUUGGAAGAUCAUUCCAAAUUUCAAUCGCUUCCUCCUCUAAGACACGAGUUUACAAUGCCAGGACGUAAUCUGGAUACCCCUACACCAAUUACUAGGGAACAUAAACGUUUCCAAACAGCCAAAAAGAGACAUGACAACAAAUCGCUAGUGAAAUUUUCUGAUGAAACGUUCAAUACUGAUACAGAUCCGAUAACUGGGAUAUCAGCGUCAGACGACAAACACGGUUUACAAGAAAGCUCAAAGGAAGGUAAAAAACACAAGAGAAAGAAAAAUAAGUCGAAGAAAAGAAAAAGCAAGAACAAGGUCUCCCAGCAAGAGGACGUCCAAGAGGACGGUGGCUCCACGAGUCAACUGUGGGACCUCGCGCACAUACCUGUACCGGUGUCACCAACCAUAGACAUUACAGAUCCAGUAAUGAUGGCUCAGUAUUAAUGAUACGUUAUCUUGGGACGCUGAACU